UACCAUCGGCCAGUUGUACUCAAACCGGCGCGAGGCUCGCACGCCCGAUACGACCACGACCACAGUGAAAGUCGCACGCGCAGUUUACGCUACGAAUUCGUGAGCUCGACAUCUCACAUCUUCUAGUUAUUUUGUUUGUCCAUUGCGCCAGUGCAACAGGGAAAGGAGGUCGUUGCGCGUUCGCAACCCGUAAGAACCUAAACCGCGAUUUGUGAUGUCAAUAGUUUUCGCACUUGUGUUCUAUUUUUCAAAUAAUUUCCCCGGAUUUUCUAGUGGCCUACAUCGGCUUUUUUGUGACUUGUCAGCUUAUCUCAAUGAUAGAACAAAAAUAACACUUUCAAAAAUUGAAAAAUGUUCAUCGUGCUAAACAACUUCCAUAUCAAUGGAAUCAGUGAAAUAAACUUCGUCAAAGUAUCGUGUUAUUGACUAAGUGGAAUAGUGAUAGUGAGUGACGAUGAGUGGAAGUGAACCAACACUGACGGAAUCGCCGGUGCCCUUGGCGCUGGCGCGUCUGCAGGGCAGGCCGGGCCGAAUGCGCACGCACCGCCCCAGCCUCCCUCUCGCGAGUCUGCAGGAGGCUAUCGACGAAACACCUCGACGCUUCAACGAGGAGCCGCCUGCGCCCGACACGGACGACGAAGAGUCCUUCGCCGAUCCUGUAGUCAUUAACAAACCCUCUCCCUCCGCUUCUAACGGGCGAAGAGCUUCGGACGCUACAUUCGCUGAACGAUACAGAAAGCUGACCGAGUUCGAUGGUCCACCGCCCGACAUGCCUCGGCGUGCCUCUCUGGCCGUACCCGUCGGAGCGGACGGCUUCGGACCUAGCGACAAAGGCCGCCGACGAUCCUGGGCGGCACGACUCCAACUCGAGCGGAAAAAGAGACGAAAGUCAGGUGGUAAUGACACCGACGAAGAGGGCGAUCCACCGGCUUAUAUACGUCAAAAGCGACCUUCUUGGUGGAAUGUCUUCAUGCCAGAUAACAUGCUGAAAAACAGGUCUAGGCGAGCGUCGCAGCAGCUUUCCCGGAGCGCCGAAAGCAUUGACCAGGCGUACAAAAGGUCGAAAAGUCGCUCUGUGGACCAUGGCUUCGCCACCCCGUUUGACCUGGAUUCACUGCGCUCCAAAGUGGAAGGAAGGUUCGACGCCGUACACAGAGAUGAAGAUGAACAGAAGAGGCUACCUCCACCGACACCCAUCAAAACAACGACAUACACAGUUCGAGAUCGUGACACGCUGACGUCGCUGGCGGCGCGCUUCGACACCACGCCCUCCGAGCUCACCAAACUCAACCGGCUCGCCACGCAGUUCAUCUUCCCCGGGCAGACGCUGCUCGUGCCAGACAAGAGGAAAGAUGGCGAUAAGGACUCGGAUGGUCCGUCUGAGAGCGGCGAUAACACGUCGGAAUCAACGCAAGGUGCACCCAGUGAACCCGCACAGGAAAAAGAGAUCCUCGACAACUUGCGGCCCGUAUCGCCGGACACCCCGGCCAGCAGCAGCGCCCCACAGCGGUUCCUGAAGAUCAACGUGCGGCACAUAACUGAUGGCCAGGGCGUUGUUUCCGGGGUAUUGCUAGUUACACCAAAUGCAGUGAUGUUCGACCCCAACGUGUCGGACACGCUGGUGAUGGAGCACGGGCCUGAGUCCUAUGGCGUCAUCGCGCCCAUGGAGUACGUCGUCAACGCGGCCAUCUUCUACGACAUCGCACACAUGCGCACGCACGGCCCCGACCACAGCGCACACAAAACCGAGACUGCUGAAAUCUACUACAUGAAUAAAGCUGAUCACUCGCCCGGCAAAGAUUCCCUUCUAGUCAAAGACGAAACAUUCCCUGAGCUGCAGGCGGCCGGAGAGGCGGGCGGUGCGGGCGGCGAGGGAGCUGAAGAGCGCCCGUCGUCUCUCGACGCAGAAGAAAGGGGCGGCGCGGCCUUCCCCAAGGCAUUCGAUCGCGACCUCGUCACUCCCACACCUAUCCACCAACAAACGACAGAGGACAGGCGGAAAUCUUUACUUGAUCAUCACUGGGCCAUCCCGAGCAAGGAUAGAAUGUCCAUCGACCAAGGAAGUGAGGUGUCGUCAAGCGCAGAUCACGGAAAAGAGGAAAGUUUGGAGGCAUCGGUUGCGGAGGGCUCUGUUGAGGAGCGCGCGGGUAGUGUGGAGGGCGAAGGAGAUGCGGAGGCGGAGGGGGAGCCCGAGGAGCGCGGGGAACGGGGGGACGCGGCACACCUAGUGAAGCUCUCCUACCACGACUCCGGCAUCGAUAUCCGUGAACCACUACUGCACGUUACGCCAACCAACGCAAAAAAGGACCGCCGUUUAUUAGAUCACGAGGACUAUCACCAUGAAAUCGAGACCAUAUACGAAAUCCCGGAGAUGGACGUCUCCAUGUACGAGUGGCACCGCGAUUCGAUGUACGAGUCCAUGUUCUUGAAUUGUUUCCACGUUCAUCAACACGAUGUUGAUAUGGUGUCUUGUCCUUCGACAGAUGAGGUAUACAGUGACGCAGAUAUAGUUCUGUCCGCUGAUUGGGUACCGCCAGUAUGUUUGCCGCGGACCGAGCCACCUCUCUCCGCACCGCCGCUGGGUGAGAAUGAAAGAGCGGUGCGCAAGCCCGCAGCCGUCUCUUUCUCGCUCGAUGGAAACCAGAAGGAAGACCCCGGAAAACCUGAUAAGAAAAACAAGCAGAUGUUGAAACGUUUGUCAUACCCGCUGUCGUGGGUGGAGGGGCUGACGGGCGAGGGCGCGCCCCCGCCGCAGGCCGACUCGCUGCCGACCUCUGCCGACAGCCAUAACUCCUCGUCCGUAUUCUCCAAAGUAUUCAACAGUUCACCAAUGAACCUAGUGGAGUUUGGUACUGGUUUGUUCCUGAGUAAAACGCCUUCAGAGGAGGCGCCCCAUGAAGUCCUGUCUGGGCGGAGCUCGCUGGGCGGCUUCGGUCGUUCUCACCCCAAAGCGACUGGCGCGCCACAACCGAGGCUAGACUACCGCAGCAUGGUCUCAGUGGACGACAUGCCAGAUCUAUUUGCCUCUUUCGAUAAAUUAAUACCGCGACCAGCUCGACCAAGUGACGACCCCCCACUGUACCUGAGGCUGCGUAUGGGCAAGCCCGCCGGCCGCCCGCUGCCUCGCUCCACGCCGCUAAUGUCCUACGGCCGCAAACGCAUGAAGCCCGAGUACUGGUUCGGCAUCCCCAGAAAUCGGGUGGAUGAUCUAUUCAAGUUCCUGACGCACUGGGUGCCGGAGCGGUACGGGCCGCUGCGCGACGUGAGCGCGCACGGCUACGAGCUCAUUGACAGCGACACCGAGUGGGACGACGACGACAGCAAACCCGGACAGAAGGAACGUUCUGGAAGUACUGGCGAUGUCUCGGACAUCACACGGGAGUCUUGGGAGCUGCUGAAGGCGCCGUACGUGAAAGUAUAUUCUAUAAUGAAGAGCCAGGCUGAAGCCCUGGGCGACUCCCUCGGCGAGGAACCCCAACCUGAGGUGCUGUCCAUGAGCGAUGAACUGCGGCGCGCACUUUACUCGUCGGGCGCGUCCGUCGACAUGGAGUUCUCGCCGCCCGACCUCAUCGGUACCUCGGAAAUAUUCACUAUGGAACACCGAGAGAAGCUGUGCACAGUGCUGCCGGCGCGCGCGCAGGGCUACAUGUGGUCGCUGACGUUCAGCACGAGCCAGCACGGCUUCUCGCUCGCCUCCAUGUACCGCAAGAUGCAGCGCGUCGACAGCCCCGUGCUGCUCGUCAUACAGGACACCGACAACAAUGUGUUUGGCGCGUUGACGUCUUGCGCACUGCGGCCUUCGGAGCACUUCUACGGCACGGGCGAAUCGCUGCUGUUCUCGUUCCAGCGCGUGGACGACACGCGCCGCCGCUCGCACUCGCUGCCCGACGACACCGACCAUAAGGAUGACAAAGACGAGAAAAAAGACGAAACUGAGGAGCAAACAGUACCACUCAAGACCAAAUUCAAGUAUUGGGGCUGGACGGGUGACAAUAUGUAUUUCAUUCGAGGGAGCAAUGAUAAUAUUUCCAUAGGCGCUGGAGACGGCAAGUUCGGGCUGUGGCUGGACGGCGACCUGUACCUGGGCCGCACGCAGCGCUGCACCACGUACGGCAACGAGCCGCUCACCACGCGCGAGGACUUCAUCGUCAAGAUCAUGGAGUGCUGGACCUUCAUCUGAGCGCCGCCCCAGAUGAGCUUUACACUGUCUUAUGAACAUUUGCUACGAAGAUUUGACACUAUCUCUUCGACUCCGAGGCCGCGACGCCCCGCGCGCCCGCGUCCGCGCGCACUUCUAGUCACGCCGAUACCGACCGACCCCGCACCGCGCGCCGACCGGCCAGCAAACCUAGUCAAUUGUCGUUCGUACGUCGCGACGGCGCUCCGGGAGCCUGUCCGAUAACGAUUACGUGUCAAUUCAAUUUAUUACUGUGCGUCGUUGUUAAGAAAAUUAAAUUUAAAAAAAAAAACUAUUUGUAACUAUUGAAACGAUUAUUGUAUGACGUUACGUAGAAGUUUAUAUUAAAAUUAACGGAACAUUUUAUUGUUUAGCGGCCGACUAUUGGUGUUGCCCAGUUAUUGAUGUAAUAUUCGUUUUUUUAAUAGAAUCGCAUAAUAUCGUGUGUCGCAUAACCGGAACAGGCCGCUCGGUCCUUCGGCGGAUGUUAAGUCGCGCACACUGUGGGAGACAAAACUGGCCCAAUUGUUAACAUAACACCAGCGGUCAACCAGCUACUACUUUUUCUCAUUGAUACUGGUCGCACAUUCUGAGUGGUUUCUGAUUCGAAUGCUAAGAUAUGGAACGCCCUUCCUCUCCACUUUUACUAUAAUAUAUACUCGUACCUUCAAUUCAAGAGGGAAUUGGCAUCUUCUAGGCCAACGCGCUCUAUUUUAGGCUGCAUCAUCACUACCGAUAUAAGCGCCACCCAUGGAAUAGUAGUUAAAGUUGACUAAACAUUUAGUUUCACUCACUACUUAAUUAGUUGCGACAUGCCAAAAAAACGUCAAAUUAUAUUAUUUGAUUCUCCUAAAUUAAUAAUUUUAGAUACCAAAGUAGGCAAUGAUUAAAAAUACCUUAAUAUCAAUGGUGGGCUAGUUCUUUACAUAAUAAUUAGCCUGGAAAUUUUAUCAUAUUGCUUAUACAGCUCAUAAUGUGCGAUCACCAUACAUAGGAUAAAAGGAGGGUGGCCUUGAUACAUAAAGGGCAAACAUAUGAAAAGACCAACCCCCAUUAAAAUUUUAACUAUGUGCUAAAUCGUUUUGGUGUGAUCUUGACGACUCUUGCUAUAGAACAGUUAGCAUCAAAAUCAAAGCACAUUGCGGGAGUAGAAGCGACGUCCUUAAAGAUUGCAAAGUAGGUAAACUAAAUUUUAUGUACACCCUGUAUACAGUCAAUCCAGAUCACGAUCCGGGAUAAAACUGAAAAACCGCGGUCUAGAUUGUUUGUGUAAUAAACAAAUUGACGGAUUUAUACAUCGCAUCGCAAUUGAGAGUGGGGCUUUGUAACUAAACAUUUUAGCUGAAAAGUCGAGUCGCCUCGCUUUUACUCUGCCGCAAUGUGCUUUGAGUCACAUAAUUAUUAUGAUUUGAGUCAUAGACGAUCACGUAUCUUGCCGAAGCGCGAGCGGCCAUCGACUAACUCGUAUACUAAUAUUACUAGUUUGAUGACACCCAUCAGUAUAAUAUUGAUAUCAUUACAUAUUAUUUAGUUUAGUUUACGUAGCGGAUGGUAUUUUGUUGUCGCGUCUGUAUUUUAGUGUUAAUGUUAAGUUAGUGAGCAUAAUUUAUGUUAAACUUUCACUGUGAUUUGAUUAUUGUGGUUGCAUUUUAUUGUUAUGUUGAAGCGUAAUUAUGUAAUGGUGCUAAUUCGGUUGUACACAAACCUCUAAAUUAAACCGUCUCUAAAGUAGUGCUGUCCUUUUCACGAUGCGAUCGUCGUACAGAGAAAUUUUUUGCGCAUCUUCAAAUCAAAUCCCUUACGAAUUUCCAAGAUUGAUCCUGAAGGUUAGAUUAUUAGCUCUUGGGAAGACAGAGAAAGUGGAGGCUUAUUCCGUUUAUAUCCACCCUAAAACAUCACCCUAGGAUGGAUUACCAAACUUCGAUUUAUUUAGAAAUUUGUGUACAAUUGAAUUAGCAGCAAUGACUAUUUAAUACCGCAUCUCUUAGUUGACCGUUUUGAUUAUGAGUUACUAUUUGAUUAUAAUCAUUAUAUUACUUAGUGAGAAUGUAUAUUAGGUGUGUACAUUCGCUAUAUUACAGAAACGAUUCUGUUUUAUGAAUGCAUAUAUACAAAGUAUAAACAUUUUAUGAUGUAAUGCUUCAGUACAUAAAAUGAGUAGCCGAUACAGUAAAAUAUUGAUUAGUAAAAAAAUAAAAGUAAAAAACAUAUAGUUAUCUUAGAGCUUGAUGAAUGUAAUCGUCAUUGUGCUUAGUAAUUGUGUCACUUAGCAUGAUGUUACUCAGAUUAUAUCUGGUCAUGUAAUGUUAUUUAUUGAGCAUAUUUUAGUACAUUAUUAUUGUAACGAAGCUAAAGGUUGUUGAGAAGUCUUAGCUUGCACAGAUUGAGUAUUGUGAUGUUAUGUUUUAUUUGUCAGGGGCAUAUUAUAUCAUUUUCCUAUAAUACCUACAUAUAAAUAAUUAAUAAUAAAAGUGCAAUAUAAUCAUUUUAAUUUCGCGUUAAUUAUUAUUAUCACCGAACUUGAAGCGUGCAAUAUGGCUCGGAAUUUAAGAGCUCAAUGAAUAGAAAUUUUUAGGCCAGUUUUUAUUGUCUAUAUUAAAAAAGUAAAUCAACAUAAGAUCCAGUUGUAGAUCUCUAUAUAAGUACAUAAUAUAUUGUUUAGGACCCUGGUUGACUAUGGCUUUCAGCCUGUCUUGCUCCUUACUGAGGUUGUUGUAUUACACAGAUCGUGUAUGACAAGUUAAGGUAACUUAAUCUAACUCUUAAUCACCCUAAAAUGUGGUUAAGAGUAAGAUAUGUUAUGAAUGUCAUACAGAAUCAAAUCAGGGUGCUGAUAAGAAAGAAAAUUAUGCAUACCAUCGCAAUCAAAACAAAACUUAAGCAUUACUUACUCACAUAGAAAUUCCAUGCUAUAACUAUGAAUACCUUUGAUUUUGUAUAAACGUCACACUGUAUCGAGCAUUUCAGGCGUGUAACAAGUUUCAUACAAAAUUAAAGGUUCAAGCUCUGAACGAAAUUACUGUGUGAAUAAUGCUUAAAAGUUGUUUGUUUUGUGUACAAUCGCCUUGGUAUUACUGUCAGUCUAAAUGUUAACUGAUGAAACUCUGGACCAAAAAAGAACAAUUCGUACUGAUAUUUAAUAACACAAUGCAGUUUUAAUACAGUAGAUUAUAAUAUUAUGGUAACAUCAGUUAGCAUUUUUGCAGAUAUUGUGACGAUAAUUGGAUAAAAUGAAGGUCCUUAUAAACAUAUUGCAAUUUAUUUUGUCAUAAAUAAUUCAUACUGCAUAUCAAUAAUCAUAGUCAUAAAUAUCAAAAAUUAUUAUACUUAUAAUAAUUUUUGAUAGUCAAAACCCCCACAUUGGGAAGGCUUUCUUUGCCAAAUUCAUAAAUAUCAUCACAAAAUAUUGUUGCAAUAUAAAAUAAACAGCUUUUUCCUAAAUAACUAGUUACUUGUUUAUACUUUAUUAUGUACCUACCUAUGUGAAUAAUAAUACUAUACAUAUGAGAUUAGCGAGAUAUAUUUUUAUGUAUAACGUCUCCAAAUUAGUAUUUAAAUUGGACCUUAUCCAGAAAGCGCAAAUUCACUCGCCACAGCUCAUCGCGUUAACUGUUAACUAUAUUGUAAAACGUACUAAGGAAUCUGUACCGAAGUCAUUCGGAAAUAUCAUUGUUAACUUCGCAUGUGAGUUGGAAUACUGGAAACCAAACCCACUGGUUGCGCACAGUUUGAGUGAGAAGGAUAUUCGUAUGUUUCGCUCUGCCAUCCUUAAAUAAAAACUGUCUGCAAAUGUUUCUAAAAAAUAAUGCUACCAUAGGACCUAACUAAAACCCUUGCUGCUACAUACUCAGCAUUCUUUUUAGAAACAUUAGUUUAAAAAAGUGAUGCUUACCGUUUUACUUCUGUAGUACGGAACCCUCAGUGCACGAGUCCGACUCGCACUUGUCCGUUUUUUGUCGAUAAUCAUGGAUUUUAUUUCUCCAAGACGACGCAAAUAUUUUUUUGCAGUUGAUGGCUUUUAGUUAAAGGACGGCAGCGGUCUUAUCGUGACGCAACGUAGGUCCUUAUUGCGCGAAAUUUGCUCUUCUGGACAAAGCCUUAUCAAAAUAUGAAAUAGUAAGCAAGCCAAAAAGGAAGUGAAGCUAUUGCUGAGUACCUAUCGCGAGUGUCCAUGCAAAAAAAUUACUAUAAGUCAUCGUAUCCACGAACGAUUCUCUAACGCACGUUAGAAAAGCGUCCGUGUAUAGGAAGCAUACUAAUUAUUAAUUAAAUACCUAUUGUUAUUGUUUGUCAUCAAAAAGUCCUAGGAAUGAAAAUAAGUUUUGGAAAUUAUUGGCAUAUUUAAAUGUUACAAAGUAUUUAAUCACUAAUGACUUGUUAUGUAGCAGUGAGAUGUUUAAUAUUUAUUUAUUCUGUUGAUUUCUAUUCUUCAAAUAAUUGAUGCUGUAGCUGUAUUGCGUUUUGGUGAUCUAUUAUGUAAUUUCUAAGUUGUUAAAAUGUAAAUCAAGCCAUAAUAACUGAGAAUAUAUUCUUUUGAUGAAAUGAAA